CGUUGACAUUCGAUACUGAACUCUAACAGUUUCAGGUGGGGCGCCAAAUUUGAGCAAACGGAAAAAUGUGGAUCGCAGGUUGGUUCUGCGUCGCAUUUGUCGCCGUUGUUAGUGCUUCGUCUCAGGAACCCGAGCUCGGUUCUGCCCGUGUUGUUUUCCAGACUAAUUAUGGGGACAUUGAGUUCGGAUUCUUCCCUUCUGUGGCGCCAAAAACUGUAGAUCAUAUUUUCAAGCUUGUUCGACUUGGAUGCUAUAACACCAACCAUUUCUUUCGGGUUGAUAAGGGAUUUGUUGCCCAAGUGGCGGAUGUUGUAGGUGGACGAUCGGCUCCGAUGAACGAAGAGCAACGAAAGGAAGCUGAAAAGACUGUCAUUGGAGAAUUUAGCAGUGUCAAGCAUGUGAGAGGCAUUCUUUCUAUGGGGAGAUAUUCUGAUCCAAAUAGUGCAUCGUCUUCGUUUUCGAUGCUUCUUGGAGAUGCCUCCCAUCUUGAUGGCCAGUAUGCAAUAUUUGGUAAAGUUACUAAAGGGGAUGAUACACUGACAAAGCUUGAGCAACUCCCUACUCGACGUGAGGGCAUCUUUGUAAUGCCAACUGAGCGCAUCACAAUUCUUUCAUCUUAUUACUACGAUGCUAAGAUGGAGACGUGUGAAAAGGAAAGCUCAAUAUUGAGGCGAAAACUUGCUGCAUCUGCUAUUGAAAUUGAGAGACAGAGGAUGAAAUGCUUCCCAUAAAUUUGUCAGCAUGAUCUGGAUUGGUAAGCAAUGCUAUUCAUCAUGUAAGUUAUGUAGGUUGUGUGCUGUUUGUAUAGAGUGAAAAAGAACUGUAAACUAUUUUCCAAAGAAACUACUUUUAACAAUUUUUUUACCUUUCUUUUAACUGUUUCUGAUAGUAAAAGAGUUCAGGGACACUAAGAGAUAUGAACCCACACCCCUAUUAUGUGGAGCCUGAAUGUUGAAUGAUUUUAUUUGAUUUUAAGACAUGGAUCUAUUGGAUUUGGUGUA